CAAGAAGCAGACACUCAGACCUCUGAGGACAGAUCUUCAUCGCUUCAACACAUGUCAGACGAGUUCAUCUCCGAAUUGCCAUUGAAGACACCGUCACCGGUACCAGGAGGAGGAGAGGAUCUUCAAACAUUUCCUGCAUCAACUCCAUCUCCUCCAAAACCUCUGUCGCGAUCGCAAAAGCGAAUCAUGCGAAACUCACGUUCUUCCGUGUCAAGAAUAGGAUCUUCAACAGCAAUGCCUACGACUCGUUUCGCUACUGGUUCCACCUCCUGGGCAGAUGUCCGCGACGAAGACGACGACGAGGCAUCAAGUGAAGUUGUUAACCCUGUGCUUGGCGUCGUGGGUUCUGACUUGAGCGUUGCAGAUUUCCAGAGACAUGAUUUUUCUGAAAAAUGGAGACACCUAGAACAAGACGGAAAAAUGAAAGUCCCACAACAGCAACAGGUAGAUCCGUCAUUUUCACAAUCAUCACGCACAAGAACAACAGGAGCUUCUUCUUCCAGUUCUGCGACGGUUCUUUCCAGUUUCGACCCGAAAGCUCCUGCUCGAGAAGUAAACUAUGAAACUACGGACGAUGAGGGUCGACCCAACCUAUUCUUAGCAUCUCCGCUGAUUCCCACUCUCAGCCUCGAACGUCCACGACCAAAAGACAGCAGUUCUUCUCUACUGUCUUCUCAAAGCCACGAAGACGGAGCGUCUGCUGAAGAUGCUGCUUCUCGAAAGGCGCGCGUUGAUCUUGCUUUUCCUCCUAUUGCUAAGAAAAUGAAAAGUGCGGGUAAUAUCGCAAGUGGACGAACAAGUGCUGGAACAACAAAGGAGCAACAAGAAGGGGAAGAGCUGCCCUUUUCUAGUAAGGCAGGCACAGGCUCCUCUACUGAACCAGCAGCUCGUCCCCGACCUGUCCUGACGACCAUGGAGAAGAAGAUGGACGACGAGUCUAAAAAACAAAAGCCUGAAGAUGAAGAAGAACCUUCUCCUUCAACGCCAAGAGGACAAGUGGUAUCAGCUGAGGAAAUUUUACGAAGAGGAAGUCGUGGCCCUCGCUCCCCACCUCCUAGACGAGAGCAACUGCUAGGUGUAGAACGACAUGGAGAAGGACACGGAAUCAACAUGGGUAGAGAUCACGAAGCAAGUGUUCAUGUUGAUGUUGAAGGAUUACAAGGUGAGCAACAGGAGCAAGUACUAGACGUAAGAACAGCUGCUGCUGCUGCUCCGGUCCGCUCAGAAGGAAGAGGAGAAAAGAGUAGAUUCUCAUCCUCCCCUUUCACAUCCCCGAAUCAGCGUCGUGCUAGAACGGAAUCUCCUCCAUCUAAAGUUCAACAGCUACAAGGAGCAUUAGGUCGUGGUGGAGAAGAUCAUGUUCAUGAAGGAACUACAACGGCUUCUCCAAAAAAUGCUGCUGUUUUUUCUCUAUCUCCCCUCAGGCCAACGCCAAGCUCCAAAUCAUCAAGCAGCUUCUUAUCCCACGUACCAGACACGCCAAAUAGUUAUGAUGGGGAACGAGCUGUAGUUCCUGUUGUCGAACCUGUUGGAUCUGGUCGUUUUGGUACGAGUCCUGGAAGCCCGUACGCUUCUCCUGUACAAGUAGGAAAAGCAAGCCCGUACGCUUCUCCUGUACAAGUAGGAAAAGGAAGCGCCUCGUCGUCAUUUCCACAAACUCCGGAGUCUUUGCUUUAUUUCCGAAGCCCUCCUCCUCUACAAGAAAGAGAUCAAGGAAGCGCUUCGUCGCCAUUCCUAGAAACUCCGGAUUCUUUGCUUUAUUUCCGUCCCUCUCUACAAGAAAGAGGUCAAGUAGAUGGUGCACAAGCACCUAGCACAGGAAAAGAAGCACCACCUCCUAGUAGUACACAAGCACAAGAACAUGCUUCAACGACACGACGAGCCCAAGUAGAAGAGCAACAACGUCCACCAGCACCACCUGCGGCUCUUCAUAAUUUAAUAUGUCUG